UGGGUCGCUGCAGGCGGGAGGGAAGGGCCUGCGAUGCUCGAGAGGCACCUGUAGGAAAAGAGGUGGCCCAUCUCUGUAUUCAGUCGCCCUUGCUUCAAACUCACCGUGCAAAGAUGCCCAGUAAAGAAUAAGCCUGCACCGAUCAUCAUCUUCCUGUUGAGAAAAUGGUCACCCUUUAUUUAGGAGCAAGAUCACCAAGACCUGUAUUCUGUGUGGUUGGGAACGAAUCAUUUAGCCAAAUCGAGCCUUCAUUUUUCAAGCUGGAAAGUGGAACUGUUUGUAUCUAUUGAGCUGUUCAUGAACUAGGCAGUAUUAUCAUAUGACGUUGAACAUGGCAGAAGAAGAAGAGGAUUACAUGUCAGAUGCCUUCAUUAAUGUUCAGGAAGAUGUCAGACCAGGCGUGCCAAUGCUGAGGCAGAUCCGCGAGGCCCGCCGGAAAGAAGAGAAGCAGCAGGAAGCUAAUCUGAAAAACAGACAGAAGAGUGUGAAAGAAGAAGAACGGGAAAGACGUGACCUCGGGUUGAAGAAUGCGCUGGGCUGUGAAAACAAAGGGUUUGCUUUGCUCCAGAAGAUGGGAUACAAGAGCGGGCAGGCCCUGGGCAAGAGUGGAGACGGUAUUGUUGAACCAAUUCCUCUGAAUGUCAAAACAGGAAAAAGUGGCUUAGGUCACGAGACGCUACAAAAACGGAAAGCAGAGGAAAGGCUGGAAAACUACCGGAGAAAAAUUCACAUGAUAAACCAAAAUGAAGAGAAGGCCGCCGAGCAGUUCCGGAUGCGAAUGAAAAGUAAGCAAGACGAGAUGAGGCUUGAAGGAGACCUGCGAAGAAGCCAGCGAGCUUGCCAGCAGCUGGAUACCCAGAAGAACAUUCCGGUUCCCAGGGAGGCAUGGUACUGGAUAAGGCCUGAGGAGGAGACUGAAGAAGAGGAAGAGGAAGAACAGGAUGAAGAUGAGUACACCAGUGAAGAUUUGAGUGUGCUGGAGAAACUGCAGAUACUCACCGGCUACUUACGAGAAGAACAUCUGUAUUGCAUUUGGUGUGGGACAGCCUACGAAGAUAAAAAGGACCUAUCUUCAAAUUGCCCAGGACCAACUUCUGCAGAUCAUGACUGAGAUUAUUCCCAAUAAAGUAAAAACUAUUUAUGCAGGUGCCGGGGAUUGAACUCAGAUCAUCGGGCUUGGUCGCAGGUGCUUUUACCUGCUAAGUCAUCUCACUGUCUCUAAAAAUUACUGUUUGUUUGAGGGGAAUUUCAGGGACAAACAGUUGGGAAGACUAUGAGUGUCAGAGCAUGUUGUGAGCAGGUCUGUGUAGCUGGGCCUUAAUCUGGAAAUACCACGCACAGGAUUCAUGAUGGCAGCCUCUGGGGAGCAUAGCUGAUGAAUCUCAUUUUAAGUUUCUGGCCUCAAAAACUGCUGUAAGUGUAUAUCAUGUAAAUGACCGACCCUGUGGUAAAAUACUGCAACUAUAGGAAAUUAAAAUACACCACAACUAAAUUAACAUCCGCGGGGCUCUCCAUAUUCCAGAAGCAUUUUGUUUGUCUCCCAGGACUAUUAUGGCUCUCCGUUAGAAUUGAAGCCAAUACUAGUGUAACUACAUCCAUCUACCCAUGGGGACGCCAUGAGCCACUUUCAGAGCAGAGGACGUGCUACAGACGUACGGCUGGUUCCUCAGCCAACACUGAGAGAAAAGAAAACACAGGGCGUAUGCUAUACAGGAAGAGGACAUGUCAACCAACUGUAACCUUGGACCCUCCUGAUUUGAAACAGCUUAUACAAAAGACAGUUUGGGGAUUGUAAAAGUGAUCCAGACUAAUUAUGUGAUAAUUACAUUUCUUAGUUUACCUGAUAUGUGGUUUUGUUAAUAGUACAAAGAAGUUGUCUGUUACAAGUCAACUUUUAAAUAUUUACGACUGAAACACUAUAAUACCUGAGAUUCACUUUAAAAUUUUCCACCAAAGAAACAAAAGAUGAAGGGAUAGGUGUAACAACAAAGGUAAAAUAUUAUUUGUUAGAACCAUAUAAUGUUACAUACAAUCUCAUCACUCUCAUCUGUAUUUGAAGUUGAAAAUUAUGAGAAUUAAUGUUGAAUGAAAAUAUUUUCUCUUAUAAUAAAAUGUUAAUGUGCCAAA